CCUUUAGGGCUCACACAACAACCUUAGUCGCUGUUAAUUGGUCCUUUCAGACCCAACAUAACUGCGAAAAAUCAAAUCACAUGACCAUCUGUCUAAUCGCCCACACACAUCCCGUUCCUUUGUAAAUUCGCUUCGCCAAAAUAGGUCUCCCAAAUUGAGAAUUUCUCGAUCGCCAUUCAACUAACCGCCCAAACACCACAGCCAAGAUGACGAAGGGUACCUCCAGCUUCGGUAAGCGUCACAACAAGACGCACACCCUGUGCCGACGAUGCGGUCGCCGCUCUCUUCACGUUCAGAAGCAUGAGUGCUCUUCUUGCGGCUACCCUGCUGCCAAGAUCCGCAAGUACAACUGGUCCGAGAAGGCUAAGCGAAGAAAGACCGUCGGUACUGGCCGCACUCGCUACCUCAAGGAUGUGUCCCGACGAUUCAAGAACGGUUUCCAGACUGGUACCCCCAAGGGCGCUCGAGGCGCUACCGCUGAGAAGGCCUAAAUGGGGACCGCAUCCCUUCUGAUCCCUUCCACCACCUCUCCGGCCUACCCCUCUUCCACCACGGACGUUAGAACACCCGCUCCUUCGAGAACACACAACAGCAAUGGCGGCUCAUAGCAUGAGCCUAGACCCAAGGACAAUCUGGUUGGAACCGGAGUUAGGGUGGUGAUUGGGACGGGCGGUCGUGUUUGUCGGUUCGUGGAUGAAAGGAGCGUAAAGGUGCGGCUUGGAGCAUGGGCAUGGUGUUUUACAUGUUUGAGCAAGGAAGUAAAAAAAAGAACCCUUUUGCUCUUCUGAGAUUCUAUAGGGUUUCGGUUACGAGGUUCUGAAAUGGCAUCUUGAUUCUGCAUGAACGUACCUGUGGCGAUUGAGUGGACAUUUGUGAGGAAAAGUUCUAUUCGUCUGUCAUGGAAAUCCGCGUUCUAGUGCAUGAUACCCUGUUGAAUGAGGUAUGACCUGUAAACUCAAAGGCUCUCAAGCGGCGGUUCUGAGAUUAACGUUCUCGCAACUGCCACGACGGUUGCUCUUGACUUUGAUUUUGGUUUCUAUUUCGCAUUCAUCAUGUCCCUCUUUCAAAGACCUUAACCCCACCGUCCGCAACCACAUGAUAUAAAUACUCAAUAGCACCACCCAAGCCCUCUGCUCCAGGUCCUGUAAUACGCACUACACCACUGACAUCCCUCGCUGUCCCUGUAUCAAGCAUCCGUAGGGCCAUCACCAUGUCAGCUUCAUGCGCUGAAGAAAGCACGAGGCUGGCGUGCUCUCGCUCAAGCCUCGUAACUUGGGUAGCAACAAGAGGCAUGUCGGCUGACAGAGUGAGUAGCGUACUGUGAACAAGCUGCGAAGGAUUUAGUGAGUGACGCACUUCUUCUAAGCCGAAACUUACACUGCGUAGGCUAAGAACGGCGUCUUGAAGCGUGAGACUUGUGGUUGAGUCAUCGGUGACAGCGAGAAGCGCAUCAAGUUGGUCGAUAACAAGGAUCUUACGCGACGCACGCAAAUCCGCGAUAGCACCUUCAAUUUCCCUUUUGAUGUCUGCAAGCUUCGUACUCCGAAGCGUUCUCUCUUUUUGUGUGCCUGGCACCCCGGUCUUAGCUUCACCAUAGAGUCCUGAGAAACCGUCGAUGAAUGUGAAGCGUCCUGCUCUGCUUAGGGCAUCUAAAUCAAGGCCCUGGCCAAUAUCAGUAUUUCCCU